AUGACGUCUUUCGUCACGAGGUGGCAGAUUGGGGCCAUCUUGCUUAUGAACGCGGCAGUCGUAGUUGCAGAAUUUCCAGCUUCCGGUUACAACGUCAGACCGGAAACGCCUGCGCCCGACUUCCUGUCGAGUCCCUUGAAUGUCACUUUCCGGCGCGGGGAGCUGGCGGUACUGAGAUGCAGCGUGUACAAGCUUGGAACCAAAACGGUCGUUUGGAGGCGACAUGAACAUUCUUUUCCACUGACAUCCGGUACGAUGACCGUUGUUGCGGACGACCGGAUACAGAUUGGUCACGUAGACUUUAAGAACCAAUGGGAUCUAAUGAUUAAAAAUGUGCAACCUGAAGACGAGGGCGUGUAUGAGUGCCAGGUGGCAUCAACCAAUAGGAAUAUACGGAGACUGGUCUCACUUACUGUAAUUGAUUCCAAAGCGGAAGCCAUGGAAAUCACCAUCAGCGGAGAACAGUACGUGGAACGCGGGGAACCAGACACGUUACACUGUAACGUGACAGGGCAACAUUAUACACCGGACGAGAUAGACUGGUUCCGAAACGGUGAAAAAGUGACGUCGGAAAACAUAGGGGUGUAAGACUGUUAAAGCAACUAUCAAUUGCUCAUAAAACGUUUACUAGUAUUUUGAGCAUAGAUAAAGCGACCAUGGAAGACAGUGGUGUGUAUGUUUGUAGGUCGUCCAAUAUG